ACUAGUUUGAGCAACCGAUUUGGGGCUGGUUUCUCAAAAUCAUCGUAAGUGAUCUGCUUGAACUGUUCUUGCAAAAAUGUAUUUAGUGAUAACCCCCUUUCUUUCAGGAUGUUGAUGAACAUGGACCUGUGACUUUUUGUGAAAGAGCGCUAGUUACGAGGUUGUUAUUUCUAAUAUUUGAUUUUGAAUUGAGUCAUUCGUAUUUUUAUCAUGGCGACCAACGUGGAAGAAACCGACUCGGCACUGAGAGACAACCAUCAAACCACUUCAGUCAACAAAAAUGGCAAAGAAAUCAAGAAAGAUAAGAUUCCUGCAGGACUUCUUCGGCGACACGAAGAAAGGUUAGCCAAAGUUGAGAAAAUGAAAGAACAGCGUGAAAACGAAAAGGUGAUGCAAGAGAGUGCCGAAUAUUUUGCAAAGACGUUCAAUGCGGAGAGGUCGAGUAUUGAAGAGCGGUUGGCGACUGCGAAUAAUGUUGGAAAACCUAAACUGCGAGAUUUCUUUGAUGACAUUACAGAGGCAGCUGAGAAAUUACUGAAGUAUAUGACAGACAUGACCCAGUUCUUGCCCGCAUAUGAUAUUCAAAGUGCUCAACAAAGCUUAGGGAAGUUGUUUGAGAGCAUCAACGAAAGGCGAGAUGAGUUGUUGCCAAAGAAGAAGUUCGCUUUCAAAGUGCGGAAGAGAGGAGAUGGACAGGCAACCAAGCAACAGCAGACACAGAAGAUUGGUCUGGACGAUGUAGAUGCUUCUAAAUCAUCUCCAAUCAUCACAGUAAACGCUGUUGGAUUUUCAAAUCGGACAUCUGAGUCAUUAUCAUUGCCUGCGGAAGAGAUUCAUCAAAAAGAUGUCAAUCUCAGUAACCUUUCAUCAUGCACAAUCAAACUACCUGGAUCUCCAAGUGCGCUUCAAAUCAGCAACCUCUCUGACUGCAAAGUCUUCUGUGGACCGAUUCCUGGGUCUGUGUUUGCUGAUAAGUGCAUCGAUAGCACCCUUGUCCUUGCAUGUCAACAGCUGAGGGUCCACAACUCCAGAGAUUCCAAGUUCUACCUUCAUGUGACGAGUAGAGCCAUCAUCGAGGAUACAAACAGCGUUCUCUAUGCUCCGUACAACUGGGCCUAUGAUACCUUGGAGAAGGAUUAUGAGGAGAGUGGUCUUGACAAGAGCAAGAACUCUUGGAAUGAUGUGGAUGAUUUCAACUGGUUGGCUCAUGACAAGCACUCACCUAACUGGGGACUGAUACCUGAUAAUGAAAGAGUUCAAGAAUGGGACUAAGAUUUUAGUUUUAAAUUUUGGUGCAGUUGUGAUCGAUGUGAUAUAUAAAUGGUAAUUUGCAAUAAGGUGAUCAAAUUGUUUC